UAAUCCAAAACAAUCUGAUAUGGGUUGUGUGAGUUUUGACAUACUGACUAAAUGUGCCUCACAUGUAUUCAGACUUAAUGGCUGUAAUUUGGCUCAAAUCUUUUAUUUUAUAUUUAUUACUUAAUUUAACUUGAUAAUAUGAACCCAUGAAAAUUGCCAUGUCGCUUUAUGCAGUUAAAAAAAAAACACUAAUGGAAAUUGUAGAUUUUUCUAUACACUUUAUAAAUUAAACAUAUUAGUUUUAAUCGUGAUUGACAGGAAAACCAUGAUGUUACGUCAGCUACACAAAUAUGGAAAGCGUUUGACCAAUAGGAUUUCAGAAGUUGACGCUAGUUGCUAACCGCACCUUGUAUCAUAGUAACAUCUGAGGAUGCGUUUGUCAUUCUGUUUGCAUAUUGUAGUUAUCUGUUGGAAGCUGCCUCGACCAAGUUAAGUAAAUUAACAGACAGUGCAUUCACCUUAAAGCGAUUAUCAGUGUAGGGAUGUCCCGACCGUCUAACGUGAAUAUUUACAGUACCAGAUUCUGGUAAGAUUGCAGUUUGUGUUCAGUGGCGUCGAAAACAAAAGUAAUUGUACCACAGUAUCACUGGAUGUUCAGGGCUAUUAGUCGACACAAUGUCAACACGAGCAAAACAGUUCUUUUUGCUGUCUUCCCUGGUGGCUUUGCAUGCGGAAUACUCUGGGGAUCACAGUUUGGUCAUAUAUGUGAUGUUUGCUCCUGGACAUCAAUAUUUACCAAAAUACUCAUCAUAUGGCAUGCUUGAUGAUUACAAAGUGUUUACCUAUGACAGCACCUCUGAUGAAUUUUCACAUCCAUUUGGCCAACUGGAAACUCUGACCACUGUCUGGAGAGAUCUUAGCGAUUGCACAAACUUUAAAACGGGUUAUUUCAAUCUGUUUUCAAGAUAUGCAAAUUUAACCCUGGGGUUGAAAGGUCCACUCUUGCAGUUAAUGUAUGGCUGUCAGCUGAGUCAUAAUGAAACGUCAAGUGGGCUGUAUCAUUUUUCAGUCAAUGGAGAGUAUAGUCUCUCUGUGGAUAUGGACAACCCCGAAUGGUACUCAUAUUUGCCACAAGAUCUGGACAUUAAGAAUAUUCUAGACAGGUUUGAGCUCUGGAAUCAUAAUAAUCUCAUAUACAUUCAUCGUGAUUGUGUUCCUCGACUCAAGAAGUUCUAUGAACACAGUAGACCAAUACUUGACCAGAGAGUUCCCCCUAAAGCUGUGAUCAGUUAUAAGCGUUCUGGAGCUCUCAACUGUGUGGUGACGGGGUUUUACCCUAAAGAUAUCACUGUGGAGUGGAUGGUUAAUGGACAGCCAGCCUUAGAUGGGAUAUCAACAGGCCUCCUGCCAAAUCAUGACCAAACGUAUCAAAUUCAGGUGUCAAUUCUGUUAUCUGACGCUACACACAACUACUCCUGUCAAAUAAACCACAGCAGUCUUCCAGAGCCGAUGGUCCUAACAUGGGGUAAGAAUAGAUCUUAGGGGAAGAUUUUAAAGGGAACCAUGGGUAUUAAGACUUACAUUGCUUAAUAUAACAUAAAUUAUCUCUUACUGAAAUAUCUAGUAAAAAACCCAUGAAAGAUUUACGCUAAUUAAAAAAUCCACAUGGUUUGAUACAUAUUUUGGACUGUGCAGGGCGCCAUUAUUGCGAUUAUGUGAAAUGGUUACACUCGGUGAGCUACUAGCACAACCUGUUGCUCAUUUUACUGCAACAAAACUCGGAAUACACAACUUGGAAAAUAAAAUUCUGAUACAAUGCCACAUUGUGUGGCUUUCGGUUGUAAUUUUCAGUCAAAGGGCAACAAGAGAAGUAAGUCUUCACUGCUUUUUCCUAGUGCUAAGAAGAGGAGAAAAGAAUGGGAAGAUGAAUAAAACUUCAUCUUUGACCCAUGUCUUUGUUUUCUCCACUUUAGCCCUGAUGCCUUUGAGGCUUUUAGUAGACCACAGCUACUGAAAGAGCUUACAAACGGCAGAAACAAGAAACGCUAGAUGCCAUCCUGGAAGGACGUAAAUAUGCAGACGCUUGUCACGACGCCGCAGCCACUGAAUUUUUUUCACACGGAUUUCACUCGAUAUCUAGGGGCAUUUAGACUAGUGGUUAAAAUCGAUUGUACGGUAUUUUUAAGUCUACACUUAUAUCCAUCGCCACCUCAGUAGCUCAGUAGCUGUGGCCAUCGUAUCAGUAUUUUAUUUUCCAAUUUGUGUUUCAGUAAAAAUAGCAACAGGUAAAAAAAAAAAAAAAAAACAUUUCACAUCACUGAAAUAAUGGCACACCCAUAGUCCAAAAUAUGUAUAAACGUAAAAUAACGUCAAUCUUUUAUGGGUUUUCUACUACAUAUAUCAGUAAAAGACAUCAUUUAUUUUAUAUUAAGCCAUACAAGUCUUAUUACCCCGGAUUCACUUUAAAGAAAAAAAUCUUUAAUUUAUAUAAAAUAAGCAUGCAGUUUGUUAUGCAUGAUUGACAUCAAUAUGAAUUGACCUUUCUGCUGCUUUCCCUCAUAAACAGAUGCUUCCUCAAGUAUGACUGAUGAAAAAACUUCUCUGCACAUUGGUUUUAUUGCAGGACUUAUUGCUAUGUUUCUACUAAUAGUAGUUCUUAUGUGUUUCAUAUUGA